AUGUCAAGCGACAGCGACGAUGAAGAUGAGCUUCUCCAGAUGGCAUUAAAGGAACAAUCUGAACGCGAUCUCAACUACCAGCGACCGCGGUCGAAUCAGCGCAAGCCGGUGGUCAAUUUCGUCCAGCAACCGAGGCAACCGCCUCCUCCGCAGAGGCCGGCGUCGACGACCAACAUGGCGAAUCAUCCGCAGCAGCCGAAGAAUCGGAGAGCGGUGGAGGAGGAUGAUGAUUCGGAGGUGGAAAUGCUGAGCAUAUCGAGCGGCGAUGAGGAGGUUAGUAAGGAUCGUGGCGGUGGAGGAGGUGCGGCAGCGAGAGGGAGAGGUAGACGUGGUAGCGGAGGGAGGGAGGAGGAGAGAGGGUGGGAUGGCGAAGAGCCUGAUUGUUGGAAAAGAGUGGAUGAAGCUGAGCUUGCUCGUAGGGUUCGUGACAUGCGAGAGUCAAGAACUGCACCAGCGGCUCAAAAGUUUGAGCGGAAGCCUUCGGCAUUGGCUAGGAAGGGGCUUAACACUCUGCAAUCAUUUCCCCGUGGCAUGGAAUGCAUUGAUCCACUUGGUUUAGGGAUUAUAGAUAAUAAAUCAUUAAGGCUGAUCACUGAUUCUUCAGAAAGCUCUCCAUCAAAAUCUGAUAAAGAUUAUUUGGACAAUAACCUUCGUGAGAAGUUGUUGUAUUUCUCUGAAAACUUUGAUGCAAAGAUAUUCCUAUCCCGAAUACAUCAAGAUACAAGUGCAUCAGACUUGGAGGGUGGUGCGCUUGCUUUGAAAACUGAUCUCGAAGGACGGACUCGACAGAGAAAACAGUUGGUUAAAGACAAUUUUGACUGCUUUGUCUCUUGCAAGACUACAAUUGAUGAUAUAGAAUCGAAAUUGAGACGGAUCGAAGACGAUCCUGAAGGUUCUGGGACUUCUCACCUGUUUAACUGCAUGCAAGGAGUAAGCUCACUGGCUAAUCGUGCUUUGGAGCCUCUAUUUGAGAGACAGGCCCAAGCUGAGAAGAUAAGAUCCGUGCAAGGAAUGCUUCAGAGAUUCCGAACUCUGUUUAACUUGCCUAGUACAAUUCGUGGGAGCAUUGGUAAGGGCGAAUAUGACUUGGCAGUUAGGGAAUACAAGAAGGCGAAGUCGAUUGCUCUACCUUCUCAUGUAAACAUACUAAAGCGUGUUCUCGAAGAGGUUGAAAAGGUGAUGAAUGAGUUCAAAGGCACACUUUACAAGUCUAUGGAAGAUCCACAAAUAGAUCUGACAAAUCUUGAGAACACAGUGAGGCUGUUGUUGGAGCUAGAACCUGAUUCGGAUCCUGUGUGGCAUUAUUUGAAUGUGCAGAAUCACAGAAUUCGAGGAUUGCUUGAGAAGUGCACCUUAGAUCAUGAAGCAAAAAUGGAAACUUUGUAUAAUGAGAUGCGUGAAAGAGCUCUCUCUGAUGCAAGGUGGAGGCAAAUUCAACAUAAUCUGACUCAAUCUUCAGAUGUCGACUAUUCUCUUAGCCUGGGGAACAUCCCUGUGCCAGUAGAUUCCCAGCCUGUAGAUUUGAGUGGUGAAGAAGUUGAUGCUCUUAGAGGAAAGUACAUCAGAAGGUUGACUGCUGUGCUUACACAUCACAUACCAGCCUUCUGGAAAGUUGCUCUCUCUGUUUUUAGUGGGAAAUUUGCAAAGUCGUCCCAAGUUUCUGCUGAACCAAAUGUUAAUACUUCAGCAACUAAAAGUGAGGAAAAGGUUGGAGAUGGGAGGUACUCUACUCAUUCUCUUGAUGAAGUUGCUGGUAUGAUACGAGGUACCCUAUCUGCUUAUGAAACUAAGAAAGGUUUAAAAUUUGGCCCCAGCUAUGAAAUUUGUGAAGAGAGCUGGUCAAGGUUGGAGGUUCAACUGAACAUAAAUCGGGAUUUCGAAGUAAAAUACAGGUUAACUGGUUCUUCAAUGUGUUUGACCACCUCUGGGUUUGAGGGGUCAGUCGGGCUGUAUGCCUGCAUCUGGAAUCAUUCCCAGUUGGUCCAUAACACAUUCCAUGAUCUUGAGGAAUCAAACAUUCUCCUGUCUUAUAUGAGCGAUGCUAUAAAGGAAAUAUCUAAAGCCUGCCAAGCUUUUGAAGUGAAAGAUUCAGCUCCACCUACUGCGGUGAUGGCACUCAGAACCCUUCAGGCAGAGAUUACAAAGAUUUAUGUACUUAGGCUUUGCUCUUGGAUGCGGGAAACGACAGAAGAAAUAUCGAAAGAAGAAACUUGGAUUCCAGUAUCUAUUCUUGAAAGGAACAAAUCUCCUUACACCAUUUCUUACUUGCCUUUAGCGUUCCGCUCAGUUAUUGUCUCUGUAAUGGAUCAAAUCAGUCAAAUGAUUCAGUCCUUAAGGAGCGAGGCUGGCAAGUCAGAAGAUAUGUUUGCACUGCUACAAGAAAUUCAAGAAUCUGUUCGGCUUGCCUUCUUAAACUGUUUCCUAGAUUUUGCUGGCCAUUUGGAACAUAUUGGGAUUGAGCUUGCCCAAAACAAAUCAAGCAAAGAAAGUUUGCAUUUACAGAAUGGAUAUUCUCAUGGAUCAGAAGAAAAAUUAUCAUCUAAUCUCCAAGGAAUUGUUGUUGAUUCACAUCAACAAUUGCUGUUAGUGUUGAGUAAUAUUGGAUACUGCAAAGACGAACUUUCAUAUGAGUUGUUCAACAAGUAUAAAACCAUUUGGUUGCAGUCCAGGGAAAAGGAUGAAGAGGACAGUGAUAUCCAAGAUCUAGUGAUGUCUUUCUCUGGACUUGAAGAGAAGGUCCUUGCUCAGUAUACUUUUGCAAAGGCAAAUUUGAUCAGAACUGCAGCUAUGAACUAUUUGCUGAACUCUGGUGUUCAAUGGGGAGCAGCACCUGCAGUUAAAGGUGUGCGCGAUGCGGCAGUGGAGUUAUUGCACACUUUAGUAGCAGUGCAUUCAGAGGUUUUUGCUGGUGCUAAGCCCCUCUUGGACAAGACGCUAGGCAUUCUUGUUGAAGGUCUUAUAGAUACUUUUCUGAGCCUUCUCCAUGAAAACAAAAGCAAAGAUCUUAGAUCACUUGAUGCAAAUGGCUUCUGCCAGCUCAUGCUUGAGCUGGAAUAUUUCGAGACCAUAUUAAAUCCCUAUCUCACACCUGAUGCAAGAGAGUCUCUUAAGUCCUUACAAGGGGUGCUGUUGGAGAAAGCCACUGAGAAUGUCACUGAAGCUGUUGAAAAUCCAGGGCAUCAACGCAGAUCAACUCGUGGGAGUGAAGAUGCACUUGCAGAUGACAGGCAGCAAGGAAUGACUGUGUCUCCAGAUGACCUGAUUGCUCUUGCUCAGCAGUGUAGCUCUGAGUUGCUUCAGUCAGAGCUUGAGAGGACUCGGAUCAAUACGGCAUGCUUUGUUGAGUCAAUUCCCUUGGACUCAGUGCCAGAAUCAGCUAAAGCUGCUUAUGCCUAUAGAGGAUCAAUGGAUUCCCCCAGAAACUACAUGGAUUCCCCUGGAAGAAACUACAGAGGCGCGCAAGCAAUGGGAUCCCCUAGUUUCUCUCGGCACAGGCGUCGAUAA